GAGGAGGGGCUCGAGUUCCGCGUCGCCGCGCAGAGCUGACUCUGGGAGGCGUUUGGGCCCAGAGAAGUGGAUCGGCCGCCUGCGCCGCAUGGAGUCCGAAUCAGAAAGCGGGGCCGCCGCUGACACCCCCCCGCUGGAGACCCUAAGCUUCCAUGGUGAUGAGGAGAUUAUCGAGGUGGUAGAACUGGAUCCUGGCCCGCCGGACCCGGAUGAUCUGGCCCAAGAGAUGGAAGAUGUGGACUUUGAGGAGGAAGAAGAAGAGGAAGAGGGCAACGAGGAGGGCUGGGUCCUGGAACCCCAGGAAGGAGUGGUCAGCAGUAUGGAGGGCCCCGAUGAUAGUGAGGUCACCUUUGCCUUGCACUCAGCAUCCGUGUUUUGUGUGAGCCUGGAUCCCAAGACUAACACCUUGGCAGUGACAGGGGGUGAAGAUGACAAAGCCUUUGUCUGGAGGCUCAGUGAUGGGGAGCUACUCUUUGAGUGUGCAGGCCAUAAAGACUCUGUGACUUGUGCUGGUUUCAGCCAUGACUCUACCUUAGUGGCCACAGGGGACAUGAGUGGUCUGUUGAAAGUGUGGCAGGUGGACACAAAGGAGGAGGUCUGGUCCUUCGAAGCAGGAGAUCUGGAGUGGAUGGAGUGGCAUCCUCGGGCACCUGUCCUACUGGCAGGCACAGCCGAUGGCAACACCUGGAUGUGGAAGGUCCCGAAUGGUGACUGCAAGACCUUCCAGGGCCCUAACUGCCCAGCCACCUGUGGUCGUGUCCUCCCUGACGGAAAGAGAGCUGUGGUAGGCUAUGAAGAUGGCACCAUUAGGAUUUGGGACCUGAAACAGGGAAACCCCAUCCAUGUAUUAAAAGGGACUGAGGGUCACCAGGGCCCUUUGACCUGUGUUGCUGCCAACCAGGAUGGCAGCCUGAUCCUGACUGGCUCUGUGGACUGCCAGGCUAAACUGGUCAGUGCCACCACCGGCAAGGUGGUGGGUGUUUUCAGACCUGAGACUGUGGCCUCCCAGCCCAACCUGGGAGAAGGGGAGGAGAGCGAAUCCAAUUCGGUGGAGUCCUUGGGCUUCUGCAGUGUGAUGCCGCUGGCAGCUGUUGGUUACCUGGAUGGAACCUUGGCCAUCUAUGACCUGUCUACCCAGACCCUCAGGCACCAGUGUCAGCACCAGUCGGGCAUCGUGCAGCUGCUAUGGGAGGCAGGCACAGCUGUGGUGUACACCUGCAGCCUGGAUGGUGUCGUGCGCCUCUGGGAUGCCCGGACAGGCCGCCUGCUGACCGACUACCGGGGCCACACGGCUGAGAUCCUGGACUUUGCCCUCAGCAAAGAUGCCUCCCUGGUGGUGACCACGUCAGGAGAUCACAAAGCGAAAGUAUUUUGUGUCCAGAGACCUGACCGUUAAUGGCUGUGGCCUCUGACUUGGUGUCUGGUGUUGAGGGGGAUGAAGGGAGACCCCCCCUUUGCCCUGUGAGGCGCAGGGUACAGAGGGAAAAGGAGGGGGGGCUCAAUUGCUUCCCAACCCCUUUAACUGACCUGCCUCCCUCUGUCCUUUUUUUCUCCUUGAGACCCCGCCCUCGGGCCCCCUCCCUUCUCCUCACCCAGACCUAGGGGCCCUUCAGCGGGAGGGACAGGCCUCUUUCUCUUUCACUUUCAUUUGCUGGUGUGAGCCAUGGGUGUGUAUUUGUAUGUGGGGAGUAGGUCUUUGAGGUUCCCGUUCUUUCCCUUCCCAAGUCUUUGGGGGUGGAAAGGAGGAAGAGAUACUAGUUAACAGAUUUUAAAAAUGUAAAUAAAAUAUACUUCCCAGA